AUGAGCAAUUUAAAUUUUAAUGAGAAGUCUUCUAUUAAAUUUCAUGCAAAACACCAAGAUCUUAUAAAAAAACUAGAAAUUAUUCAUCCUUCAGUUGAAAAUUUAAAUUUAUCAGAAAGUGACGACGAUGAAGAUACAAAGAAUUCACCUUGGUUUGAAGAUUUAUUUAAACUAAGUUAUCAUCAAGGACGAUCUACAAAUUGGUGUAAAAGUUUAAGUGGUGGUCGUAGACAAAAUCUUUUUGAAACUUUUCCCAGAGAAGCUGGAGCAAAAGGAAGGUCUGUAGGAACAAAACGGUCAAGUAUAUUGAAAAAAUUAAACAGGUUAAAGAAUAGUCGACAUAGUAAAUCAUUAAGUUUUACUAGUAGUGAUGAUGAUGAUGAUGAAGACGAUGAUAGUUUGAAAUCUUUGAAAGAUAAACGUGAAAUUCAACCGAUGGACACAGAUAAUCCUAAAUUGUCGUUAGAAUAUAAAAUUCCGUCAAAUACAGAAUGGAAAUGGAUUGAAGGAGGAGAUGAUUCAUGUGGAAUUUGUCGAAUGCCUUUUGAAGCAUGUUGCGUGGAUUGUAAAACUCCUGGAGAUGAGUGCCCUAUUGUUUUAGGUGCCUGUAAACAUCCAUUUCAUAUGCAUUGUAUUGUAAAAUGGACAGAGGAUCGAGCUCAAUCUGCAAAACCUCAUUGUCCAUUAUGUAGACAAGAAUGGAAAUUUGCUAGUAAAUAA